UCCGAUUAAUGUUUAAUGGAAAUGGCUGCCUUUCUCAUCUAAACCUCUCAGCAACAGGAAAAAAUAAUAAGACACCCCGACAUCAUUCAGCGUCUACGCUUUUUUUUACUCCUUGUUUUUCUUAAGAUACACAGAACCAACCAUAAGUCAUCUAUGGCUUGCGAUCCACCUGAAAAAAUGAGACCACUUUAGGAUCUGAUGGAUGGGAAAUCUGUCAUUUUUGCAGUUAACCGUUCACAUUCCGUGAUCUGCAGACAAAUCGAGCAGAAGAUGAUGCACCAGGUUGCCAAUAACAACGACUACUGCAUGAGCGGCAGGCCCUCCUGCCUGGCCGAAGAUGGACGCCACCCCGCCAGCCACUUUGACCUGUGCAACCCGCAGCCCAACAAGUUCUACCCACCCCCUCCACAGCCGCCGCUGCAGAUGUCCCUGCCCCCCUUGCCCCCACCGCCUCAGAACGCCCUCAAAUCCAUGCCGUGCCAGAGGCAGGACAUCCGGGGCGAGGUUCUCCCCCAGCAACAGCAGCAGCAACAGGCCCUGGGGGUCAAAAACGGAGAGAAGCCCGAAGACUCCAAGAGGAAGAAAGGGCAGGGGAGGUCCGGCAGAAGAGGCCGGCCGUCGGGGACCACGAAAUCUGCUGGGUACAGGACCAGCACCGGGCGACCGCUGGGCACCACCAAGGCGGCGGGGUUUAAAACGAGUCCAGGAAGACCCCUAGGUACCACUAAGGCCGCAGGCUAUAAGGUGAGCCCCGGAAGGCCCCCGGGCAGCAUCAAAGCCCUCUCUCGGCUCACCAAGCUGGGCUACAGUGGUGCUUGCAGCGCAGCCUCCUUCCCCUACAACGUCAUGCAGAAAACGGGCCUGUGUGAAACUGGCAGCAAAGAGAAGGAGGCCAACGAGUAAAAGCCCCUCCCCCUCGUAAUCACCACACGGCCUGCCAGGACCUGAGAUCUGAGCACAUGUUCUGCGUACUGUGGAUAUGCAGAUACCCACGAUUUGGGGGGAGUGACCCUUUCAUUGGCAUGCACCUCUGCUGUGUCUGCCUCAAUCGAAUCCUUUUUUCAUAAGAAAAUAUAUAUAUAUAUAUAUAUAAAUAUAUAUACACUCAGUGACGAAAAAGUUAAGCAUCCAGACACAGUGGUGGAAAUGAAAUGAAUUUGCACGUGGUGAAAGGGUCAUGUGACUGUAUUUCAAUGAUUACAAUAUCAGAUCAAACGAACAACAGAGUUGGCAGUAUGGGCACAUCGCUGGUCCCAUGUCAGUAGGGUGUGGCACCCCCCCGGGCCUGGAUACAUGCGGUGAUACGGUGUGGAAGGGAGUCGUACAGCCGUUGUAACCUCUUCUACGGCAAGUCGGCCCACGGCUGUUGUAACUGGCCCUCGAGAUCCUGCAGAUUGGCACUGGGUGUGAGUUGACGUCCGAGCUGAUCCCACACAAGUUUGAUUAGGGAAAGAUUGAGGGACUUGGCUGGCCACAGGAAGACCGCAACAUGAUGCAGGCAGUCCAUAGACACGUGUCGUGUGUGGACGGGCGUUAUCUAGUUGAAAGACUAUACCAGGGUGCUGUCUCAGGAGGGGUAAGACAUGCAGACGCAGGAUGUCACUGACGUAGCGCUGUGCCGUCAGGGUCCCCCGAAUCACUACCUGAGAUGACCUGAAGUCACAUCCUAUGUCUCUCCACACCAUUGGCAGGAUUGGUCCUCUCCCCUCGGCGCCACCAUACAUGCACACGACAGUCAUCCGUGGUAAUGCAGAACCGCGAUUCAUCGCUGAGCAUGGUACGACGUCAUGUGUCAUCAGCCCAUGCCUCCCAGUUACGGCACCAGUCAAAACACAGCCAACUCUGUGCUGGUGUUAAUGCCAGUCUAUGCAUGGGACGGUGAACCCGUAGUCCGGCUGAUGCCAGCCAUCGAGACACGGAUGGCAUGGGGUUCUGUAAUGCUUUGGCGCAAAAUACGGCGAUCCUCCCUUGGUGUGGUCUUGGUGACCGGAACCUUCACGACGUGUGUGGGUGGCCUCACCUGCCUGUUGGUUCCAACAUUGGGCGACUGUGACAUGUGCAUGCCCCCCAGGCCGGGCAAUUGCACAAUACGACCACCCGGCCUCAUGCAAAUCCAAAAUGCGACCCCUGUCAAACUCUAUCAAGUGUUGGGUGUGCUGUCUAAUGCGUCUACGAGGCAUUCUGUGUGUCUGCUAACUAGACAUGCCAGCUUCUUGCAAAUCGAAUCAUUUCCAUACCCAUCGCUGGUCUGCACGUGUACCAAAUUACAUCCAAAUCGGACCAUUACUUCUGGGUGCUUAAUUUUUUUUUGUCACUGGGUAUACAUAAUAUAUAUUGUGUGUAAAACAAAUGGUAUAACUGCUGGUUCACAUGACAAUGUUUGUUCACCACAGGACUUCUAUGAUAUAAAUAUUCUUCAUAAGAUACAGAAGACAAAUUUUCCUUAGUUAUCAAACAGCAGCUUUCUUUUUGCUGUAUUUAAUCUGAAUUAACGUUCAGCUGCAUGCUAAAAUGAAUCGGCUUUAAAACAUAUAUUUUACUGAAUUUGGGUGACGCAGAAAGAGCUCCGCAGCCAUGUGAAGUCUUACAAAGUCAGCCGGCGGUGGAUUCUGACGCUGCGGUGUUAGUGGGUUCAGCCACUGUCAGGACAGUUUAAAGUAGGGAAGUCAAACGUGCUUUCUGAUUGGCCAUACAUGUCACAUGUGGUAUUCCCAGAAAAUGACAUGUCAGAAUAGCAGCAGUCUUCGGAUAUACUUAAUCAUUUUACUCGUGGGAAAAAAGUUUAUGCAAUAAACCAAUGAAUAAUUAAAGGAGAGAUUGGGCAUGAGAAAAAUGAGAUAUUACACCUGAAAAAUACAUGGAAUGUUGUUACUAAGAAGUAGAUGUGUCCUUACGUCAGGAGUCCAGCCUAACUGAGAAGAAUGAAGAACAGUUGACCAUGCCAUUGAGUACAAUGUCUUUAUAUUAAAAUCACUGUAUACAAAAAUAUCAAUUAUUAUAUACGUCAUUUUUCCAAACCCAGGUUUUUAUCUUGUGACUGUUUAUGGAAGUCAUACCUGUUAAGGAGCAGUUCAUGGAUGUAAGUAGUUUUAUACGGUUUAAAGGCCACGGUACAGAUCUAAAAGGUGCUACAAAAUGUACAUGCGUUUGUUAUGGAAGUUGGUUAUUUUAAUAUUAAGACGAGUCAAAUUUUACACUUGAAUGUGGACCAAACCCCCUUCCGGAAACAUGCAAGCACGACAUGGCCGGUUUUUACCUUUGGAGUCUUUGAUAAUUACUGUAUUUGAUGUUUUUUCCCAGGAUAUUUGCCAAAAAUAUUUUUUCUCUCAAAUUCCAUCCUUAAAUAUGUAGAAAAGAAGAAAAAAAACAACGAUACUUGCCUUCGUUAGUGUGUCCCUGCCCAGACACAAUCCUGUAAUAUUAUUCAAGGUUUCCACAAAUCACACUGCUGUUUUUUUAAACUGUAUCUCAGUGACAGACAAUCAGCCAGUUGAACCGUUUUACAAGCUGCGUACCAGAUCUUAAUUACAGAGACAUUAAUAUACUCACAGCUUCUAAGAGCAUCUCUUGAGCCCAGUUGAAAUAAUCACAAUGUUGGCUACCUUUACUGUCAGUCACCAAUGCUGAGAUUAUUUUAGUCAUUAGUUGAGUUACUGUUGAUAGAGUUUGUUGGAUUGUUCCUGUUAGUGUGGAUGGGAAUAUUUCAGUGUUUUUGUGAUAUUUUUGUAAUAUACUCCUUCUCGGUGUUCUGUGAAAUUAACCUACAGCUUUGCUGAGCAUGUAUCGUAAGUUGGGGGCCGAAAUUGUAAUGUCGUUAUGAACCACAGAAAGUUUAAGGUGGAGUUAUCUUACCUGCCGUAAGCUGUAGGUUUAAUUGUCAGUUGUUUGAAUUAACGGACACUGUGUGACAGUCCUGUGACAUAUUUGAAUUUUCUGUCUGGGUUUUACUGUGUUUUGUUUCACGUCCUGAUUUUUUUGUGUUAAAAUGAUAAGUAUUGAUAUUAGUAUUAUAACUAUGUGAGAGCUUUGCAGGUCAGUUGGGCCUCACCUCAGACAACAUGAUCUCUUGUUGGUUUAGCCUGUAGAAACGAUGACUGUGUAAAAAGACUCUGUUUUCCAAUCUUAAACGUGGAAAGUAUCACGAAGCGAGAUUUUUUAUCAAACGAUGUACCUAAAAUCUUUGCAUGCAUACUUCUUUUGACAUGCUGUUUUUGUUAUAGGCUAUAUUUUCCUUAACCAAAGAAACUGACGUAAUCUGCCUCUUAAACUUCACAAAUACAUUGGUUUCCUUUUCAGAGGUUUCCGCCAGUUUGCCUGGUUUGUGAAAUUAAGUCAGUACUGUGGGUGAACACGAGGCUGUGUUUAGGGACGUGGGAGUCGUGGUGGAAUAAAUGUCAUCGACUUGCACGCCUCAAGGCACCUUACUGGCAUAGGUGGAUAACCUGAAUUGCUUUAGUGAAAAAACAUAGUACCUAACCGGGCAAAUAAUUUUGGUCAGACUUAUGUUGUCAAGGACUACGGGAUGAGUUUUUUCAUUGUUUGAAAACUGAUUUAUAGAACUCUUUGAGUUGCAGGUAACAUUUGCUGGUGUGUCAGGUUUAAAUCAGACACAAAUUAAAGUGUAUUCCACACCCUGCUGAAGUCCAGCCCUUGACGACUGUAGGGUGACACCUCUAGUACACAUAUAUAUAUAUAACAAUGUAAAACUGUUCACAUCUAUGUUGCUUUACAUAAAGCAUAUAUGCUUUAGCUGUAUAAUGUAAUGUUUUUCCCGUUUACAUUUGUAAAGCCAGAAAACAAAACGUAUGCCAGUUUUGGCUCUUUUAUGUCCUCUGUUUUCAGUUGAGGCAUGAGUUAACAGUGCAAUGUUGUCAGGUAAUCCUGAGCACCUCCAAAUAACAAGAAUUAUGUGGUAAACAGAAGACGGAGUGACUCAACUCAGUCCAGAUCAUUGACCACUACUUCUUCCCCCUCAUCGUACACUUCUGUGCUAACUUAAAUGCCUUUUUGUGGUGCCUAUAUGUAAACCUGUUUGUUUGACAUCAUGUUUAUGACACGUAUAUCCAUGUGACAUUAUAUUGACAUAACCACGUACCUUCUUGCUAUGACAGAGGGGCUCUGUCGUUUUCUUGACAUAGUGAAUACAAUGUUUCUUUUAUAUUUAUUUCGUUCACUAGAAUAUUUCUUUGUUAAUGUGGAAUAUUGAAGAUGUUUUUUUUUGUGUGUGUGUGUGUGUACUUUGUUAGUCGGCGCUCCUUCUACCACUUUUACGUUUGACGUGCACUUUCUAUGCUAGCACUCUGAGGAUUACAAUUCUGUUUGUGUGUGUAAGGUUUGCGCCAAAAGGGCAGAAUCUUUGUCGGAGACCUCUAUACACACCGAAAAGACUGACAGGCUGAGGAUUGCAGUGUGAAUACUCUGACAACUCUGACUUCAGCUUUAAACUGAAUGUUGAGGUUGAGGGUCGUUGAGGGAAUUGUGAUGUCAUCUGGAACCAAGAUGACCUCAUAAGGGGCUAUGAGCAGAGCAGCCAACAACCCUAAUUGAAAAGAGGGGAAAGAACAUGAUGAGAUAAUCGUGUGCUUGUCAUUUGGUCAUAAAUGUGUCAAGGUUGGCUUGUUACUACUGUCCAUAAUAUACCAGGCUUGAUUUUGUCUUCAAGAAGCUGAAUUUCAUGUCCGUUCUGCAGAUCUGGAAUUAUAAUAGUAUAAAACCUUACAGCUGAACCUUUUAUAAAAAUUAUGAAUAUGGUUUUCCUCGCCACAGAAACCAGUUUUAAAUUUCAUAGUUCCAUUGUCAUUAAAGAUUAAUUCCACAGAUCAUACUGUACCUAUCUAAAACAGGAAAAAAAUGUAUUUUAUUUUCAGUUCUUUUCUGCAUGAUCGUCCAGUGUGGUGUGUUGUAUAAUAAACAUUAUUUCAUAAAUACUGUUAAUCCUACUUCUAAAUUAGCAUGCAUAAUAACCAUGUGUGUUGAAGACCAGCCAGUGAUCAAUACAAUAAAUAAAUGUUGCUUAAUACAA